AUGAUAUUUAGCGCUAAUAUAUCUAGUGCAGAAAAGCACAGUGUUUGGAGGAGAGUUAUUCACAAUUUGGGUAGUCUGCAUGAGGAGAUCAGGAUCACCAUAACACAGAGGGAAUUGAUAAUAUGGUCAAUGAAUAAUACCGAUACUUCGAUGAGCCAGGCUCGAUUCAAGCGCAGUUUUUUUGAGGAUUACGAAUUUAAUCCAGAGCUAACAGUUUUUGGAGAGGAUGGUUUACAACAGGUGAAGGAUCGCGCACAAAAGGUGCAUAAGCUGUACUCUUUCAAGAUAAAUGGAAAACAUUUAGCCGUUUUGUUUCGCAAGCCAGAGAAUGACAACAUAAAGGUUUUGAAUCUUGCCAUUCAUAACGGAGCAACAUGCCCAGAAUCACUUGCAAAUCGACUCCAGAUAACGAUCUAUACGGAAAACCUUAUGGUCAAAGAAUAUAGUCCUAAUAUUGUGCCUAUAAAAUACGAUCCGAUAGUGAUAAAUCUUCGAUAUAAGAAACGGUUUCUGGAGGUUUACGGAAACUCGUGCGAAACACAAGAAGAACAGCUUGAUCCACGGUUACUGAAGAUUUUUGAAUCUUUCGACAAAGAACUCGCAGAAUCCUAUUUUAACAGUGACAUUCUAUCCGUGAGCAAGCAAGAUCGAGUUCUCACACCAGAGGAUGAGAUAAACUACCUUUGCUGUAAUCAUCAACUUUUGAAGAAUUUCAUCGACAGUUGUAAUACAAACACCACAGAAGAGGUGAAGUUGGAGGUCUCCGUCACAAAGCUCUGUCUUACAGCUUUUACGAAGGGUAUUUACAGCAAAAACAACGAUGUGUUGCGCAACGCAAUGCGUGCAACUAAUAUCGUAGGAACUAAUGACCUAGAACACUAUUGCCUUUUCACAACAACCGGAGAUGAAGAUAAGAAAAGGCCUCUAACAAAGGUCAUCUCAUUCGGGAUGAAAGAUUUUAAGAACUUUGUCAACAUGGCUACUAUUUGGAAAGGUGACCAAAAUGUAAAUAUAUGGUUUUGUCGCUCAGGGGACCCGUUUUUCUUGGAGCUCGAUAAAAGUGACCUGCGACUUGAGCUCGUGCAGGUUACUGAUAGUGGUGAGGUAAUGAUUCCAACUGGAAAUAAAUUCAGCGUCACUAGGAAUAGCCCGCUCAAGGACGGAGUAUCAGUGAAGCUUGUAAGUCCCAGGAAAUCGCCUCUGAAAAAUACGAGCCCCUCAGUCCUAAGCGCCUCAAAAGAUGGAGGAAAUCCGAUGAAACCUAAGUCUCUUUUCAUAAAUGAUGACUCGACACAAGAGCAACAACGCUGGAAAAAUCCCAUACGCGGCAAACGAUUGGCAGACGCCCCUCUGGAAAAUGAUCUCAACACUAGUUUUGAAUUUCAAGAGGAAAAUCAAUCCAAAGCCCAGCGGACAAGAACUACAAUUGAAUGGGGCAAGCUUCCCUCAGAGACGACCAGCCAUAGCCCUACACCUACAUUUGAUCAAAGAGAUGUCCUAAAGCAGGAGAAAAAAAGAUUUUUGCAAAACCUUAAACUACAGCGCGAGAGAGAGCAACAGAGCCCAAGCAGAGGUGAAGACGAUCAGCUUGGGCCUACUCAAAAGGACAAACCAAAAGGUCUGUUUGAUUAG